AUCGAUAGUGCCCUCGAUGGUUUGACACCUCUAUUGGGUGUGUAUCUCUGCUGCGUUUCGGAAAAAGAAAAAUAUAUAACAAAACAACAAAGCUGCGAACAAUUAAGAAUCAUCCAAAACACCAAACCGACAUCCCUACAGAAAUAAUCAGAGCAGAGCUUUUGAACUCGCUAACCUUAUCCAGACCACACAACCACAACCAUCCCCACCCACCCUUGUAAUUGCAUAUCACAGUAUCACUGAGAAACUUUUCAACCAUAGGCCUAUCCGAGACAGCCAUCAUGGACGUAAUGUCAUCAUCUCUACAACAGCAGCGAAUUGUCGUCGACCAGCUGCGUCGCGAGGCGUCUAUGGAACGGCAGACCAUUUCGGAGUCGUGCGCCAAAAUGAUGAAGUACAUCACGGAGCACGAGCAGGAGGAUUACCUUUUGACUGGAUUCACCAGCCAGAAGGUAAAUCCAUUCCGUGAAAAGUCCUCAUGCACCGUUCUUUAAGGAGGAGAUUGGAGUUGGCGAUUGAAGGCGGAAGCAGUUGAGUUCUGCAUUAAUAUGCAGAUCGUAUAGGUUAUUUUUAAUUUAGAAAGAUGGAUAAAUAUGUAUAUGUGUAAUAAUGACACCAGUACCAGUCAACGCCACCUGGAUCAAUAUAUCUCAAUAUACUCUCUUUGUGCAAAAACUAUAACAACAAAACAAAUUGUCUCAAGCAAUAUAUAAAGUUACGAUUGCUAUGAAUAAUAUAUAACGAUAUAUCAAUAUGUACCAUUCACGUUAACAGGUGUACAAGUUUAUACACAGAAGCCCACAGAAAGAUUCCAAAUUCAUAAUCGAAGCAUUUGUCCCAAAGAUAUAUCAGAGUUGUCUCUAUGCGAAUAGUAAUGCUGUUCGGUACCCGAGUAUCCCAACUAUUACGAAAAUCAAUGCGCUGACUAUAGCAUCUACUACUGCUACUACAACUUCUACUACUACAACUACCUAAACUAAAAGUUUAAACCGAAACACACACAUAUAUAUAUCUAUAUACCCUAUUAUCAUCAUAAUCCGACAAACAAAUUUAUCAAUAAACGUAAACCCAACAGAAGAUA